ACAAAGUUCCUAACUACGUAUGUUUUCUUCAUGCUUUAGAAUUACCAUUCCCUUUUUAAUAAAGAAAAACACAACACUUUUCCUUUUUAUUAAUUAAGAAAAACACAAAUCAAAUACCCAUAUCUUCUCUAAAACAAAAAAUAAAUAAACAGACAUGUUUCCUUUACAAUUCAACUGCACUCAAAUCAAACAAAGCUAGGGUUUUGCCUUUCUGCUCCAAUUGAUGAUUAUCGCCUCUACUGCAUCUUCCUUCUUCUUUUUCACUGGUUUUCCUACAUUUUGACCUCUAUUCUCUUUGCAAUUUGUGCUUUCCAAAAUUUCAAAGGCCAAGCCCCGACAAAUCGACAAGCUCUUAACUGUUAAAUAGGUUCUUUGAUGUCGGACCCUGAGGCUUCAGCAGAUGAACACUAUGUUUCCAUUCCUCGUGGUGGUCCUAUUUACAUUUCCGACAUGGUUGGUCCACUCACUAAGGUUGCUGACUUUGAGGUCAGCAUCUUCCGCGAACUUGAGCGGCUCAAGGCAGAGUUGUCCGUUGAUUCACUUGAAAUGUUUGAUGAUGAGAUAUCGGUUGAAGAUCUUAAAACUUUCAGUGAAGAGGAAUUGGUGGCUCAGGCCUUUGAAGAGGCAUGUAGGGAUGAUGAGCUGAUCAAAGAAUCUUCACAAACUUUGACAGAGCACCUUGGUACAAGAAGAACAGAUAACGGGAUUUCAGUUACUGAACUUGCUUCAUUUGAAAGGUCAGAAAGAGAAGUGGACUCUUCUACUAUUCAUGAUCCCUCAGACUAUGUCGCCCGCGACAACAAAGGUUCAGAUAAAAGCAAGUCCAACAAGAGGAAGCGGGGGAAGAAUGUUCAUCAGAAGAAUACUGUUGAUGAAGACUAUGUUCUGAAGGUGGAACAACUUGCAAAAAUUAAAGAAAAACAAGAGGAAGAGAAAGCAGCAGCAAGAUUGCAUUCUUUCAAUGGUAGUUGCAGCAGCAGCCACUCUGCUUCAACAUCUUCCAGUAAGAUUGGUAGGAUGACGUCACUCAAGUCAAUAAGUUCGGGAACAAAGGUUUUAGAAAAAAGGAUGAAAAAGAGUACCUUCUUACAAUACUGGAGAGGAUAUGGACAAUCUGAUAUACAGCUUUGCAACCUCAUUUUCAUCCAUGCAAAUGCUCUCUUCCAGAGUAUCCACGUGAGGGCAGCAAAUGCUCAUGGACAUAUUGCAGUGCACUUUCCAGAGGUUGUCCUCUGUAUUGAGGUUUAUCAUUACAAAAAGACAUGGGUAAAAACUCAAGAAUUUCUGGUCCUUGGGCGGCAAUUUUUGACGGAAAUGAGAGACAGGAUAUAUUGCAUUACUGAUGAGAUAAUGAAGAAGACAGGCCAGGAUGAUCCUUCGGGCUAUUUCCUUGUGGAGGAUGUCUUUUGCAAUGAUUUUAGGCAUCCUGCUGCUGUAGAUUAUAGUAAGCCAAUACUUAAUUGGCUUCAAGAUUCUAGGAGUGAGGCGCUGGAAAAAUGGGAAUCUAUCGCCUCUGGUGAACUGCCACAGAAACAAAAGGCCCUUCUAGGCAGUAAAAUUGGACCACAAUUGCCCCAUUUCAAGACCGCUAAAAUGCAAGUAACUCGUUUCUGUGACUUAAGAUUUCGACUUGGUGCUGGAUAUCUUUAUUGUCACCAGGGGGAUUGCAAGCAUCAAGUUGUAAUAAGAGACAUGAGGUUGAUACAUCCAGAGGACGUACAGAACCGAGCUGCAUAUCCGCUGAUCACCUUUCAGCCGAAGUUGCGGUUCCAGAAAUGCUCUGUUUGCAAGAUUUUUAAAGCGGUUAAGGUGACAGUUGAUGAUAAAUGGGCUGCUGAAAAUCCUUGCUACUUCUGUGACCUUUGCUAUUACAUGCUCCACUAUGUAAACGGGUCUCUGCUUUACGAUGAUUUCUCUGUGUAUGAAUAUCUCCAUGAGUAACGUUUAAUUAGAAGAGUUGACGUGUGGGUUAGGUGCAUGUCACGGGUUCCAACCCUGCCGCGAACAGCACUGGUAUUUAAGUGUAGAAGAAUAGAGGGCGGUCAAAUCCUGACAUUACACAUGACUUUGCAAAGCAGGUUUCAGUUUCACACAUAUGAAGUUCAGACCAAAGAAUGUAUAAAUAAGUUGGAAGUUCCACACAGAUAAUAAAUACUAUCAUCCAAUUUAUUAUUACUAUUGUCGCUAUCAAUGACAAAUAGGUUUCAGUUUCUCUU